AUGUCGCUCCUUAAGAAUCAUACAACUGCUUCAAGAAAACAAUGGACCAUAAAAGUUGUUCGAUUUUUUGUAAAGGAUUUACAGAAAAACCACAUCGACGAGCAUGGCUACUCGGGCUUUCACGCAGCUUGCAUGGCUGGCGACCUAGUAACAGUACGCCGAUUCAUAAAUGAAGGUAUCGACGUUAAUUUCGACUCGUGGAAAUGUUCACCCUUGCACAUCGCCGCCCAAUAUCGACAAGAAUGCAUCGUACAACUUUUAUUGGAGAAUGCAGCCAACCCAAAUCAGGAGGACCACCUAAAGUCGACUCCUCUGCACGCCCUCGCGUGGAUGUGUCUGUGCGAUUGCGGCUCUUAUGAAUCUUUUUGUGAUUAUAGAAAACCAGUAGAGAAGAUCGUUGAAAUGCUCGUUAAGAAAAAAGCGAACAUCGAAGCACGAAAUGAGUACGGAGAUUCCCCGCUGCAGUUGGCGGUUUGCCGUUAUGAUAAGCAGCUCGUUAAGUCGCUCUUGAAACACGGGGCGAGUCUGGACAGUUUGAAUGAAGAAAAAAUAUUUAGUCAGAAUUUUGAAUCAAUUGAGUUGAAAAACUAUCCUUUGACUUUUAACAUUAUCGAGGUGAUACAAUUAUUGCAGUCAGCUGGCUAUAUACUGGACUUCAAAACUAGAUUUUUGAUGCUCAAAUGUUGGAUGAGAGUAAGAGGGAACGCUGAUCUUUUUAUGACUGAUUAUUACACAUUGAAUCUUCCGUACCUUGUCUGCCGGACAAUUGCCGAAAACAUGAGUGACGAAGAUAUCCUUCAUCUAUGUGAGCAUACAAACGAAGAAAAUUUAGAAUAG